CUCCACUGAAGAAACUAGUAUAACUGAGAAUUCUAACCAAAUUAAUAUUCCGAACAAACAGGUUAAAAAAAGAAAACUGAGAUCUAAAUUGGUUCGAAUUUCUGAUUCAUCUAAUAGUGGAGCUAGUGCUAAGACACAUAUUAUCAGCGGGGCCGAUACACCCAAUACCCUGACAAAAAAAGUGGAAAGAAAAGAUGACCUAUAUGCUUUGAUUGAGCAGGAUAGCAAAGAAACAGAAGAAUAUGAACGUUCAUCUCUACGAAUUCGUAAUUUUUUAUUGAGUUCUAUUAAUUUAACCUUGGAUUUAAGUACCUCAUAUAGC